AACAAACUCAAUGUCGGCCAGCGCCGCUCCGGUCGCGGUGCAGCGUAUCGCUUCGGGCCCGACGGACACAGAGGUGCUCCUGUGGACGUGCCAGGAGAUGUACGUGUACCAAAUACCCCCGCUGAAGAACGAGUCGGGCCACCGCGCAAACGACUGGGACGUCAACAAGUGGCUCUGGUCGGGCAAGCUGAGUGUGUUCAGCAUCGGAAACGUGGUGCAGGUGCGGCUGACCGACCCGACGAGCGGUGCGCUCUUCGCCAUGUGCCCGGUCAACGAGCCCGGCUCCAAGGCCAUCGACCCCGUCGUUGACUCGUCGCGCUACUUUGUGCUGCGGAUCGACGACGGCAAGGGGCGGCACGCGUUCAUCGGGAUGGGCUUCCGCGACCGCGACGACUCGUACAACUUCAACGCGACGCUCCAGGACCACUGGAAGGGCGUGGCGCGGCAGAAGGAGGCGGACGCCAUCCGCGAGGAGGCGGAGGCUGCUGCUGCGGAGGCGCCGCUGCGGGACCUCUCUCUCAAGGACGGCGAAAAGAUCAGCAUCAAGGUCAACCUGCCAAAGGGGGAGGGGCGGAGGUCGAGGGAGAAGGCGGCGGGCGGAGGGGGGCUCUCGCUGCCGCCGCCGCCGGGCGGCGGGCUCAUCGCCCCGCCCCCGAAGCCCGGCAUGCUCGCGCCGCCGCCGCCGCCAUCUCCGGCAGCCGGGCCCGCCGUGCCGCCCGGCGCGCCACCCGCAGCAGCCAUCGACGCGGACGACUUUGGCGACUUUGCAGAGGCGGGCGGCGACGGCGGCGGCGACGACUUUGGGGACUUCGCCGCGGCGGACGGCGCGGCGGGCGGCGCGGCGGACGGCGCGGGCAAUGCGGACGGCGCGGAGUUUGGCGAGCUUGACGCCACGCCUGCUGCUGCUGCAGAGGACGCCGCUGGUGGCGACGGCGCGAGCGCGGAGGCCGGUGCUGCAAAGCCUAGAGACGGAAUACCUCUGGACUGAGAAGUGCAGCCUGGUGGCUGCCCACAAGGCCGAGGCUGUGAGGACUGUGGGGUGUGGCGAUCGCAGGGGGUGGGGAGCUCUCGUGUGGAGAGAGGCCAAGAGUUCAACUUCAAGAGACGCGGGCGACCGAGCCGAGUCCGGGUCUUCCCCCUGCCCCUGUUUUAAGUGACCUUCUCUACAGAAUUCAGAAAGCC